GUGAAGGACUCAGUUCGUGUUAUUUUCGGAAGCGGCUAACAGAGAAGCUAACAGCUAACAGAGAUGUCGGAGUAACAGAGAGAAAUGUUUUCGGACUGGGAGAGGCAACGGUGGGAGCGGCGACGUCCGGCCCCAGAAGACGCCUGUCCUCUGCAGAGUAAGUGUGUGCGUACGGAGAAACACGCUGAAGCCAACGUCACCAUGACGCGCGAACAAAUCCUGAGUUUAAAUAAAGUUGCGCUGAACCCCCCCGUCGACGUGACGACCGGCGAGGCCAGCGAGGAAGAGCUGAGACGCCUGGAUGUCCACCUGGACAGGAAGUCUCGCCUCCACAACCUGACAGCCAGCCACGUGCGCGCCAUCCUGCAUGAGGUGAUCACUGAUGAGCGGGUGGUGGAGAUGAUGAAGGCGACCAUCAGAGACACUCAGGACCUGCCCAUGUUCGAGCAGAAGAUGACUCGAUCCAGACUGAAAGAGGCUGUUCAACAGGGACAGCCUCUGAACUGGAGUCUUUCAGCAGUGAACACAGUCAAGCCUCCCCAGUUUGUGGACAUAGAUCUGAGUGAGGACUCAUCAGAUGAAGAGUAUUGUCCUGAUGAUGAAGAGGAGGAAGAGGACACUGCUGAGGAGACCUUCUUCAGUGAUGCAGACAGCUUGACUUCGCCUCCCAGGAUGCAUCAGAGCUCUCAACCCAGACGUCUGGCUGACCAGGGGACUGAAGAGCUGCUGCAGAGAUCCACAGGGCAGGUGACCCCCCCCUGCUCUCCUCAUCACCUCCUCACUGCUCCUGAGUCUUCCUUCCUAGAGAGACUGAAUGCUGUGGAGGAGGAGCUUGACUGCAGCCCCACUUUCACCUACAACCAGUCUCUGGAGAGGAAGGCUGAUGAAGCUGAAGGGGGUCGUCCUGGGUUAGCAUACAGGACUCGCUCUAAACUGCGCCUGGUGAACGUUCCUCUGGAGCAGCUGGAGGCGGAGCUUCUGGCUCCUGACAUCACAGCUGACAUGUACGAUCAGAGCGCCGCCAAGCGAGAGGAGGACCGGCACUGGACCCGCUGGCUGCAGGGCCUGAUGGCCCCCCAACCUGAAGAGGAAGCUGACGAUGAUGACGACCCAGAGUAUAACUUCCUGGAGGACCUGGAUGAACCCGACCUAGAGGACUACAGGACGGACCGGGCAGUGCAAAUCACCAAGAAGGAGGUGAACGAGCUGCUGGAGGAACUCUUUGAUACGCUUCAGGAGGAUGAGGUGGCAGCUGAGGAGCAGGAGGAGGAGGAACCCUCACAGACUGGAGCCAAGUUCAACGUCCCUCCAGCUUUACGGUUCGAGGCCCCAUUAGCCAGCAUGCUGACGGAGCGGCGCAGGACCGUCAGGAAGCAGUACGAGGCCCUUCAGCAGAGGAGGGCCCUGCAGGACUCCACCAUCCAACACAGGUACCUGAAGGGAGUGCCCAAUCCACAACCCAACACCUUCACCCCUGUUAUAGUCCUGCAGAGCGGGGUCUACCCCACCCUCCACCUGGACCACACCCAGAAACUGCAGCUGCAGCAGCAGAUCCAGCAGCAUGUGCAGCUGCUGACUCAGGUCCACCUGCUGACUCGCUGCGCUGAUGCCCUGAACCACGAGAACUGCAUCACUAAACGCUACCUGGAGGAGCUGCAGCAGUUUGCCAGACGUCGGGAGGAGCUUCUUCUCAGCAGCAGCUUCAGAGUGUGUAACCUACAGGGGGCGCUGGACUUACUGCAGGAGCAGAGAGCUGGUCCUGGUCCUGGUCCUCCUGCUGCCUCCGGACGCUGGCUUCCCAGCAUGGCUUCUGCCACAAGGAGUGAGGACAGGAAGUCUUGCCUUCCUCUGAUGGCCGCAGACGCGGCAUGGCUGUUCGCCACGCGGCCGGUCUUCCUGUACCCAGAACUACUUCCUGUCUGCAGCCUGGACCCCCCUGCCCAGACCCGACAACGCCGGAGUGUGUACACCGCAGGAGAGGAUGGGUUGGUGGUCCUGGGUCUGAAGCACUUUGAGGGGGGGGUACAGCCGGAUCAGCUGAUCAGCUCCUACCUGCUGUGCAAGUCCCGCUGGAACCUCAGGAAACACAUCGGAGAGAUGAGUGGGACCAGAGCCCCCCCCCACAGCGUCAUCAAGGCGUUCUUGAUGCGGAGAGUCCUCCCCCACCUCCCCCUCGCCUGCAGCAGGGCUCAGCCUGGAGAGCAGCGCCCCCCUGUGGAGAGGGAGACGUCCAUCCUGCCAAACUGGUUGAAGAACAGUCAGCUGAUAAUCCAGAAGACCCGCCUCCCCUCCAGCUGUUACCCCUCCUCCCUCCCCCCAGGCUGCAGUCUCAGGCUCCACCCCCACUGGCUCAGCAAGGCAGGUCAUGCCCCUCUGCCCCCCCACAGGCGCCUCUUCGCCUUAGCCCACAAUGCAUCUCUGCUGCCGCUGGCCAUAGCCCCGGCAGCCCAACAGCCAAUCAGCUCACAGCUACGCCCUCCUGCUGUUGGACCCCCGCCUCCUUCCAGUGCAGCGCUCUCAUUGGCUGCUGCCCCCACCAUCCAGCCCUGCCUUCCUAUUGGCCAAACGACACAGCAGAGCAUCUUCCUCCCCCUCCCCUCCCUCACCUGCUCGGAAAUUCCAACUCCCAGAAUUCCUUGCUCUUCUGCAAAGUCUGGGUACCUCCUGCUCCAGAUGUUGUGGACUCCCACAACCACAACCUCCCAGCAUGCACCUGGGCCAAUCAAAGAGGACAGACAGGAGGGGGAGGAGGGGGGAGGGAGUUCAGCCUCCACACUGAGGCCGGUGUAUUCCUGUUCAGAUGAGGGGGAGGACUGGACCCCGAGGGGGGGGGGGGGGUUAAACAGAGGGGAGGUGGAAGAGGGGGGAGAGGGAGGAGGAAAUGGGGAGCAUGAAGCCGGUAGUGUAGGAGACGAGGAAGAGGAGGGACAGAGGGAAAAUGGGGGAGGAGAUAGGGAGGAGGACGAGGGAGGAGACGAAGAAGAGGAGGGACAGAGGGAGGACGGGGGAGGAGAGGGGGAGGAAGAUGGGGGAGGAGAGGAAGAAGAGGGAGACAAAGAGAAAGAUGAAGAUCAGGACCGACAGGGGGAGGAGGAAGAGGAGGAGGAUUUUGAUGACCUCACUCAAGAUGAAGACGAAGAGGAAGUGAUGUCAUCGGCGUCCGAGGAGUCUGUGCUUUCUGUUCCAGAGCUACAGGAGACCAUGAAGCAGCUCACCUGGCUGGCGGCUGAACGGAGACUCUGUGCCGACGGCGACUCGGAAGAAGAAAACUCUCCGACCUCCGCUGGCUCUCAGGAAGAAGAGGAAGACGAGGAGGAAGACGAGGGGCCUAAAGGGGAGGAGUCUGGAGAGCGGGGCGGCAGUAAGGGGGGUGGAGAUGAGACAGUGGGGAUGGAGGGGAAGCCCAGAGGAGGGGGGGGGAGACGAGGUCGGGGUAGAGGUCAGACUCUCCAGCUGAGGGGGAGUCGUCAGGUCCGGCUCAGCAAAGACUCCAAGAAGCUGCUGCUGCUGUACGACGAGAACCUGCUGAACCACGACCCGCAGAGAGAAAGCAAAGACCUGGCCUUCGCUCAGGGAUACCUGCACCGGGUGCGUGAGGCACUGCAGGACGUACCUGGACAGGUGGAGGAGUUUGUGUCUCUGCUGAACAACUUUGAGCAGGUGGGUGAAGGACAUGAAGUGAGGCUGUUGUUCAGGAAGCUGCGCUGCAUCCUGGGAGAUCGGACGGACCUUCUCCAAGACUUUGCCGCAUUCUUGCAUCCUGAGCAGGCGCUGCAAUGUGGACUGUUUGAGGAGCAGCAGGCGUUUGAGCGCAGCCGGCGUUUCCUGCGACAGUUAGAGAUCAGUUUUGGAGAUAAUCCGACACAUUAUCAGAAGAUCAUCAAAGCUCUGCAGACCGGCCCAGACCUGAGUCCCACCAGCAUCCACGAGCUGAAGACUCAGAUGGCCGCUCUGCUGAAAGGCCACACCUACUUGCAAGCUGAAUUCUGGGUAUUUUUUGACGAGCUCCGCCCCCCUCCAGCACGCCCGGGACAGUUUGAGGAAGCUCAUUGGCCGGAAGAAGGAGGGGGCGGGGUAGACUGCGGAGAAGGCGCCGGCAUCUUAUUAGGAGGCGGGGCCAGCAUCGGCUUCGAAGAAGUGACGCUCCCUGAGCUGGAAGAGGAAGAGGAGCUUAAAAUCCAGCCAAUGACGAGCCGGCGCCAGAGGAGAAAGAUGGACGGCCACAGAAACUACAAGGACUGUGAUUGGUCGGAUAACCGCAGACACCACAGGAAAGGAUGCUCCCAUUGCCAUGGCAACAAGGCACCAGGAGGUGUGUCCCGAGCCAUGAAGAGGCUGGACCCUCUGUAUGCUCAGAUAAGCCCCGCCCACCAAGAUCCAGGUGAUAAGGACAUGAAGGGGGAUGACGACAGCCCACCGCCAGGUCACAGCAGUUCAUCAUGGGAAGGCUCAUUCCCUCUGAUUGACGAGAAGGAGGAAGAAGAGGAAGAGGAGGAGCUGGAGGAUGAAGAAGAAGAUGAAGAUGAAGAAGAUGAUGAAGAAGAUGAAGAAGAUGAAGAAGAAGAAGGAGAAGAAGAAGGAGAAGGAGAAGAAGAAGAAGAAGAAGAAGAAGAAGAAGAAGAAGAAGAAGAGGAGGAGAGGAAGACCAGUGAGAAGUCCAGCCCAACUGUGAAGAGGAGCAGGAUGGAGGAGGUGGGGGGGGGCGGAGCCUCUCCUGUUAUCUCCCCCUCUUUACCCACCUCCUCUAACCAGCCGUUAACUCCCCCCCCUCACAUCCUCUCACCAGCCGUUAACUCCCCCCCUCACAUCCUCUCACCAGCCGUUAACUCCCCCCCUCACAUCCUCUCACCAGCCGUUAACUCCCCCCCUCACAUCCUCUCACCAUCCGUUAACUCCCCCCCUCACCUCCUCUCCGUUAACUCCCCCCUCACCUCCUCUAACCAGCCGUUAACUCCCCCCCUCACCUCCUCUAACCAGCCGUUAUCCCCCCCCCUCACUUCCUCUAACCAGCCGUUAUCCCCCCCCCUCACCUCCUCUAACCAGCCGUUAUCCCCCCCCCUCACCUCCUCUAACCAGCCGUUAUCCCCACCCCUCACCUCCUCUAACCAGCCGUUAACUCCCCCCCUCACCUCCUCUAACCAGUCGUUAUCCCCCCCCCUCACCUCCUCUAACCAGCCGUUAUCCCCCCCCCUCACCUCCUCUAACCAGCCGUUAUCCCCACCCCUCACCUCCUCUAACCAGCCGUUAACUCCCCCCCUCACCUCCUCUAACCAGCCGUUAACUCCCCCCCUAACCUCCUCUAACCAGCCGUUAACUCCCCCCCUAACCUCCUCUAACCAGCUGUUAACUCCUCCCCUCACCUCCUCUAACCAGCCGUUAACUCCCCCCCUCACCUCCUCUAACCAGCCGUUAUCCCCACCCCUCACCUCCUCUAACCAGCCGUUAACUCCCCCCCUCACCUCCUCUAACCAGCCAUUAACUCCCCCCAUCACCUCCUCUAACCAGCCGUUAUCCCCACCCCUCACCUCCUCUAACCAGCCGUUAACUCCCCCCAUCACCUCCUCUAACCAGCCGUUAACUCCCCCCAUCACCUCCUCUAACCAGCCGUUAUCCCCACCCCUCACCUCCUCUAACCAGCUGUUAACUCCCCCCCUCACCUCCUCUAACCAGCCGUUAACUCCCCCCAUCACCUCCUCUAACCAGCCGUUAUCCCCACCCCUCACCUCCUCUAACCAGCCGUUAACUCCCCCCCUCACCUCCUCUAACCAGCCGUUAACUCCCCCCCUCACCUCCUCUAACCAGCCGUUAACUCCCCCCCUCACCUCCUCUAACCAGCCGUUAACUCCCCCCCUCACCUCCUCUAACCAGCCGUUAUCCCCACCCCUCACCUCCUCUAACCAGCCGUUAUCCCCACCCCUCACCUCCUCUAACCAGCCGUUAACUCCCCCCCUCACCUCCUCUAACCAGCUGUUAACUCCCCCCCUCACCUCCUCUAACCAGCCGUUAUCCCCACCCCUCACCUCCUCUAACCAGCCGUUAUCCCCACCCCUCACCUCCUCUAACCAGCCGUUAACUCCCCCCCUCACCUCCUCUAACCAGCCGUUAACUCCCCCCCUCACCUCCUCUAACCAGCCGUUAACUCCCCCCCUCACCUCCUCUAACCAGCCGUUAACUCCCCCCCUCACCUCCUCUAACCAGCCUGCCAAGAACAUUUCUCUGACAGCGAGCGGAGAGAAGGUGAUUCUGUGGACAAGAGAGGCCGACCGGGUUAUUUUGACGACGUGUCAGCAGGAAGGAGCCAAUCAGACCACAUUUCAGGCCGUCUCUUCUCAGCUUGGCAACAAGACUCCGAGCGAGGUGUCGCGACGGUUUCGGGAUUUGAUGCGUUUGUUUCGGACGGCCUGUCAGACUGAGGACGAGGCUCCGCCCCCUGAACCGGCAGCAGCCAAUGAGGAAGCAGACGGAUAACAGCCAAGAGCUGAAGCAUGGUUGACAUUUGCAGGACUUUUAUUAUGAACGGCUUCAAAGAGGCGUUCAGUGUAAAUAUGAAAAUAUCAGAUUAUUGAAUGUUUUUGUAAAAUGAAGACAUUUUUCUUUAACAAUAA